UUAUUAUUACACGUGCACCUGAUAUUGUGGAGUAUCAUAUCAUACUUCUUGUACUGUACACUACUGAUAACAAUAGUCAAAAGACUAUAAUCAACACAGAACACAUCACACAGCUAUAAUCUUGUGUUGAUUCGGACACAUUCAUCAGAUCAAGGGUGUUCAGAACAACAUAACAUUCUCUAUAUGAAGGUUGGAUCACCUGAAGGUAGCAAUUUCUGACUGUGACGUAUCAGUCAUGUUUAAGAAAUGCAUAUAUUCUUCCCUCGUUCAUACUCAACAGCACAUGCCAACCCUUUCAUAUCCUUUAACUACAAUAACCUGCUGCACAUUCACCAAUCUAAUGAAAAUUAACAAUCAGACAUUUUUUUCAAGGAUGUGUGAAGACAUGAGUUUCUACAAAUCGUUUUUAAAAGUGAUAGGCGUGUUAGGCCUGUUAGGCCUUAUUGUUCUGUUCUUAUGGCUGGCCAUAAGACCCAAGAGUCCCUCCUACUCUAUUUUGUUCAUCUCCGUAGAGAUGCCCUCCAAUUCAAAUGAAAAUGGUACCAUCUUUUACAAUCUUGAAAUAGAAAACCCCAACAAGGACUCAAGCAUUUACUAUGAAGACACAAUACUAAGUUUCUUAUAUGGGGAGCAAGAGAAUGAGGUGGGGCAGAAAACUAUAGAUGGUUUCCAUCAAGCAACUAGAAACAGCCGGGAUGUAUCUAACACUGUUAAUGCCAAACCUCGACCAUUCAAGCCUCUCUUGAAUGCUAUCUCAAACACAACCGCAGAGUUAAAAGUGGCUUUGAUGACAAAAUAUCGAUACAAGACAUGGGGAAUAAAGAGCAAAUUCCACGGAUUACACCUCAAAGGUAUUCUACCAAUUGAAUCCAACGGGAAGCUCUCACGUAAGAAGAAAAAGUACCCACUUCACCGCAAUUCCAAUAAACUGGGGAAGUCCAAAUUUUGGCACUGAUACUACGAUACCUACAAGAUGCUUGCUUCCACCGCGGGUG